UCCGCAGAGAUUACCGCGCUCGGCAAACCGCGAUGAUCUCGUCGGGCGGCCGCGUUUCACCCCUCGCUGAGGACGCGAACGAGUUGGAGCCGAGGCACCACUAUCGCAGCCAAGAUUUCGUGAUACUAAACCGCGUGCCGCCGAGUACGAGGGCUGACUUCGAGCUGCUGUACAAUCUGCUCGAUCGUUGGCGCAUCGACGAGACGAGGAGGGCGAGCGAGCAUCUGUACAAGUCGGCCAGGAUCGCCUACGGUGGUCUGAUCCUGUCCAAGGAGGUGGAGUUGCUGCGGGCCAUAGACUCGAUGAAAACUAAGGUGAAGUCGGAGAGGAGGGAGAAAUCUUACAGAAAGUUUCUCGACGAGAUGUGCGCGCCCGUCGUUUGGAAAAAUGGCCGAGGGGAAACGAUUUCCGUGGACACUAUCCUCGCGCAGAAGGCGAGACGCUUUCGGGACACGUUCGAACGCUUGUCGAGGAAGAACUCGAACGUCGACGAACGAUUGAACGCGGUGACCGAGUUGAGGAAGGAUGUGGAGACUCACACGUGCAAGGAAUCGGACGAGUUGAUGCGUUUGUUGGACCAGGAGAUAUAUUUUCUCACUCGCGGAGUGAAGGGGAGCAAGUUGAAUUGGUUGAGGAGCGCCCUUGACAUGGCUUUUUUGAGGUUGGCCAGGGAGUGUCUGAGGAAGGAGCAGGAGGGUUCGAUGCGAGGUUGGUUCCAAUCUGGUUGCAGAACCACGUGCAGAAGUUGCGGCAGACUGGUGACCGUGGAAAAAUUUCAGAGACAACGUUCCUUUUCGUGCGAGUACUGUUUGCACGCGAGGGCACGAACCGACCCACGACUCGUGUACCAACCUUAUCGGAGAUUGCUUCGAGAUAUCAGACGGCACGAAAUUAAAAUGCGCUGUUACGGGAGCCUUGCCUUCGCUAUCGAUGCGAAGAUCGUUUACCAUUUAGUGAACGAGAUCUGGCACGGGAGAUCGGCGAUUUCCGGGAACGAUUGUUUGGAAGAGUUGAAAUUGGUUAGAUUUAGGAAGGGCGAGGAGUGGACACCGUGGAAUUCUCUUUUGCUAACUGCCAGGGAAGCCUCGUUGCAUCGAACGGUCGACGAUCUCGAGAAGUUUUACGGGGCGAUGAUACUGCAAAAGUUUCACACGAAGAAUCUUCAGGCUAAACUUCGAUUCGAGUCCGUGACUGAAUUCAAGAGUCUUUGAGGGGGCAAACGGUGUUAUUAAAGUUAUUCCUUUUAUCGUUGUCCCUCGACAAGUUAAUUAAUUGACGGAUCGUCUUUUUAAAAUAAAAACAGAGAA